AAUCUCGUCCAGCCUUCUUGCCCUCAAGACGAAAUUCUCGGUUUCUUGCUCUCGUCUCGAAUCCUUUCUUGACGAGUAUAAGGAUUUCGACUCUUCGACGACACGAGCAUCCGUCGCUUCUUCUAUUUCCUGCAAAAUGGAGAAAAUCCUUGAAGCGUUAACUAGAAAUUUCGAGCUCUUCUGUGAAGCAAUUCCGGAAGACGACUCCUCGGAAUCUGCUAGUUCUUCCGAAGUGUUCGCAAAUCUUCUCUCCAAAAGCGACAAGUUUUCCAUAGUCCUUGAUACUAUCAUCGCCGAUAACAAUCCUACCCCAAAACCUCGCGCUGAUCCAACUAAAUCUUCUAAACUUCCGAAAGUGGACAUCCGUCCAUUUGACGAGGUGAAUCCGGAAAUUUGGUUCGACCAACUGAGCGUCCAAUUCAAGGCGGCGCAAAUCCUCGAUGAACAGCAACAGUUCGCUUC